UACUGCCGUCCGCAGAAGAUAAUUACUGAUUAGGAAAUGAUCGCAGUGUUGCGAAACAUUUCCACGCUGUGGCCAUCGAUCAUCGAAACUGAGCAACAGGGAGUACAAGCGCUAAGCUAGCUAGCAGCCGUUCGCCUGGAGAAGCUCCAUGCAUGUAAGCGACGGCAGCAGUGUGCGCCGCUCCGCACCCUUGCAGGUCAGUCCACAAUACGUGUCACAACUUUCUUCUUUCUUCAGUUGACUGUUAGAUGGGCUGAAGAUUCCGAGCUGACGACGAAAUAGUACUUGCUGGUGUCUAUUAGGGGAGCAGUGUUGCAGAUAUUGGCUGCCACCUCUGAAUUACAUGUACUACCCGAUAGCCCUUCAGUUGCCUUAUCGUUCGUACGUUAAGCCACUCUAAAAAAAGAAGAAGAGUGAACUAGCCUUUGUCCUGAUAGUCCGGUGCGCUGCAAACAGCAGCUUAGUAUUCUUUGUACUCAGGAAAAACGUUUGUGAGUUCCGUGGCCGUCGCCGCUCAGCCAUUCAAGAUGUCUGUGGCUGGUAGUCGACCCGUUCUGAUUUACUGUCAUCCGAGCAUGAACAAGCUAGCGGAGUCAAUCAUCACUGAUGUCGCGGCUAAGUCAGCCGGUGCUGAUAAGAGGUAUCGCAAUGUUGAACUCAAGUCUGCUGACAUACGCUGGAAGCAUUUCCCGGAUGGCUGGCCCAACUUGUUCAUUGACAAUGUCAAACAGUGCGCUGGAAAAGACGUAAUCUUCAUCGGCAGCUUUCACUCGCAGCAGGUUAUCUUUGACCAGUUAUCUAUUAUCUACGCUUUCCCAAGGUAUCUGGCUCACUCAUUCACUCUGAUACUGCCGUAUUUCCCGACGGGUACCAUGGAAAGAGUGGACACUGAAGGUCAAAUAGCAACCGCUCGAGUAAGUGAGCACACACGAUUACCAUCAUGUGAGCACACACGAUUACCAUCAUGUGAGACAUUGUCAAAGAUGUUGUCGUCCAUACCGUUGACGGCCCGCGGUCCGGCCCAGAUCGUCAUCUAUGACAUCCACGCACUGCAGGAACGAUUCUACUUCAGCGAUAACGUCAUCCCGCGGCUGGAGACAGCAAUUCCACUGCUGCAGAGGCGUAUUGGCCAGCUUCCGGAUCACGACAAGGUCUCCAUAGCUUUCCCCGAUCAAGGCGCAUUCAAAAGGUUUCAUCUCCUCUUUGCGAACUUUCCGACGAUCACUUGCAGCAAGUUGAGAGAUGGAGACAAGCGUAUCGUCACCGUAACGGAAGGUAGCGCAGAGGACCGCCACGUUGUGAUUGUGGACGACCUAGUGAUGACCGGAGGUACACUGAUGGAGUGCGCAAAGGCUCUUAAGGCACGCGGUGCAAACACUAUCAGUGCCUUCGUCACCCAUGCCGUGUUCCCCAACCAAUCGUGGCGCCGCUUCACCGCCGCGGCCACAGCUGAAGCGGUUGUCAAUGGCGAAGCGGAAGCGGUUGUCAAUGACGAAGUGGAAGCGGUAGUCAAUGACGGUGCUAGGGCCGUAGUCAAUGGCGACGCAGAAGACGCUCACCAACCUCUCCUGAAGCACUUCUGGAUUACCGAUUCUAUCCCGACCGUUGCCGACUACAGCAGCGUUAAACCGUUUGAGCUGUUAUCUCUGAGCAGCGUCAUCACAACGGCGCUACUUAGCUACGACUUGCAGCAAUGAGCAGGUACCGGUAGUGACUCGGCCAGUCUUGACCAUGACAUCACUACAUGUACUUGCUGGGGUCUGGCUAUGACUUGCAGCAACAGUGCAUCAUCGUGUGCUCUUGCUUACAGCAAUGAGGAGGCAGUAACUGUUUGCCUUUCCACACCGUCGAUUUAGUAGUUAUGUCCAGUAUUGUACUAUACAUGUACAUACAUGCACACAUGGCAAGGCUGUACAUAGACAGGUGCAUACGUCUUACUUGGGCAGUGCUAGUUUGUCACUACAUGUACAUACAUGCACACAUGGCAAGGAUGUACAUAGACAGGUGCAUACGUCUUACUUCGGCACUGCUAGUUUGUCACUACAUGUACGAGUAUUCCAGCAAUAGCCACGCUUACUGUAAAGCGCACAAACUUUCGCGGCGUGCAAAUUUAGCGUUUUCAUAAAUUGGGCUGGUUCACGAUGAGAAACUUUUGCGAUUCUAUCUCUUCAGUCGAAUCUUGUACUGUCUACAAUCAAUGUACGGAGAGGUUUGCGGCGAUUUAUAUUCGCGAAUGUGUGAUGGUCACGAAAAUAGCGAAAUUUAAUCUCUAGCGAAAGGUUCUAACUUUACAGUAGAUGGCGUGUUGGGAUGCCCCGAGACCCACACACCAGUAUGACUGUUGUGGCAUGUAACUGUGAAUUCAUGUACAUACCCAAACUGCUUGUACAGGAACUUGUGAUUAUUGUGCAGAUGUUGUUUUUGUCCAUGUCGCUCGUGACGUGUUCUUUUCGUUUCUUUCCGAAAUCAGGUGUACAGUUCAUUCAUUGCCAUUCUAACUUGUUGUCAUCAUGCUC